AUGUCUGAAGACCAUUUGAAGUGGCCUCAUUUGAAAACUCAUGUCGAACAACAACUCUCAGAAUCUGAUAGAACUGAAAAAAAAAAAUCAAAUUUUUUAUUCAAAUUCAUGCCAAAAAUAAAAUUAAUAUCAACUUCUACAAGUUCAAAUUCAAAUUUAAAAACUCACAUCAAGGUAAGUUUAUUUAUAAUAAUAUAUACAUUGAAAACCCUAAAUAUCACUGAAAUACUUGACGGUCAAAUUGGUCAAAAUAUAAAUGAUAUAUUAGAUAAAAAAUUGCCGAAACAUCAAAGAUGUGCACACAUUGAAUUUAAUUGUAACAGUUUUUAUAUUCUAGAAGCAGAAUAAGAUUGUUCAUUUAAUGUACUUGGACGUGUGUUUGCUAAAUGCCAAUCUAUUUUCAAUAAGUAGAAUCAAUCGACACAGUGUGCUGAUAAAAUUAAAGAAAUUCCGGGAAGACAUCUUAUAACACCAAACGCUACCAGGCAAGUUAAUAUUAUUUAAAUUUUAAUACUUUAAAAUUGAAUAUCGUAUAUUAUGUUACUUAUAAGUGUUUCAUUAUUAAUAAUAAAAUAAGUUACUAUAAUUUUCAGAUGGAAUUCGUUCUACGAUGUCAUAAAAUGUAUUGUUGACCAUAUAUAUAAAAUGAAUACAAUAAUAUUCACAGCAUAUUUCAAUCAACUCCUUUCUCAGGUCAAAGAGAGUCUUCAUUUUUAAUCGAAUACUGCAAGUUAAUAUAUUAUUAAUUAUAAGAAUGAUAGGUAUAAUGAAAGAAAUAUAGUAGUUUCAUAGUAAACUUACUAAAGAAAAAAUUUUUUUUUUUCUUUUUCACUACUCUGGGUAGAAGGAAUUGAGAAGGAAAUUAAAUUUUUCUUCAACAAGAUGUAUGAUACUUAUUAUUUUGUUAUCUCAGGUGAUGAAACCAAUUGCAACAGGGCUAGAUGUUUUACAAGGUGAACAACAUGUGUGUAUUGGAUAUCUAUUACCAACAAUUACAUCUAUAAACAAAGCGUUAAAUGUGAAUUUAAUAAUUUAAAUUUCUAUAGACCAUUGAUUCAUACUUUAAAAAAUGGAUUAACCAAAAGGUACUUUUAUUAAUUUUUUUAAUUUUUAUAAUAAUCAUUAGAAUUCAAUUAAAAAAAAUGAUAUAUGUAUGCCAAUGCUUUCAUAAAAAUUAAAACUUAUUUAUUUAGUUAAAAUGGUAAAAAAACAUUUUACAGAACAAUUUCAUAAAUAGCGUUUAUAUUAUUAUUCCCCUAUGUCGCCCAUACAUCUAUAUAUUUUUAAUUUAUAAAUAAUAAUGCACUUAUAAUAUUUUAAUGAUUCUUAAGUUAAAGCUGAAUUAUAUCAUUAUAUGUUACAUGGUACAUUAAAUAUACAUUAUAUUUUCAGGUUUAAAAAUUACAUGCAGUCAAAAACACUACAAGUUUCUUCCGCAUUGGUACCAAAGUUUAAAUUAAUUUGGGCUGAUUCCGAAGACAGAAACACCAUAAAACAACAUGUUAUUAAUCAUGUGCAUUUUCAUUGUGAUCAAAAUAAAAAUCUUUCUUCUCCAAGUUCUUCAAAUCUUGAAACAAACAGUGAAGAUGUAGAUGAUUUUUUCAGUUUUUCCAAUGAUGAAAUCUCAGUAAUUAAUUUUGAUUUCCAAACUUUAGUUACUAAUUAUUUAUCAAAUACUAACAUUAAGGUACCACUUGAAUUAAAAAAAGUUUAUAUAGAAUUUAACACAUCAUCUGCACCUGUAGAGAGAUUGUUUAGUGCUGGUGGUCAAUUAUUUGAUAAAAGGAGAAGAUCCUUUUCUGAUCAAAAUUUUGAAAUAUCUCUUUUGUUAAAAUAUAAUAAAUAUUUUCAAAAAAAAUAUAAAUUAUAUUUUGUCUUUAGAAUUAAUUAA